UUCUUGAACUUAUACAUGGGCACCAUGCUUCAUAUACUAUGAAUCGUCAAGGAGUGCCUGAACCGCCUAAUGCAGUUAUAUUCCUAAAUAGGAAUAAGCACUUUGUGGGUCAAAUAGCGAAAACCGGUUCGACUAUAAACAUAAUCACUCCAGGAGGAUGGACCAUAGCUUCACGAAAUCAGCGCGUGAUUUACGAGAGGCUUAGAAAACGACGCCCCGCAGACCCAAGAGAAUAUCGAAUACCGCCAGUUACAUACAGACAGUGGGAUCAACUGAUACGUAACGGGGUACAGAUUGGAGUAGUAGUAAAGGAUCAUGAUGAUGGCGACAUACGUAUGGCGAAAUUUCCUGAUACAAGCCAAAAUGCUCGGCCUAGACAUGGCGAUGAAUUGCAUCGUAUGACUGGGUGGGACGACGAAAAGGAUGAGGCGAUACACUCGCAUUUUGCGACAUACUGGAGAGAUAUGUGGCUCGUGCUGUCCCUGCUCCCGCAAAAUGCUGAAGAAAGGAGGUUGGCAAGCAGGCUCGAUUCAGAGUGGCUUCAGAAUCAGCAUCCGAAUCGGGGGCCUCAUCAUUAAGAGUUGGGAUACAAUCUUUACAAUAAUAAGUGUUAAUAAUGUAUUCCGGCUUAGAAAUAAAUAUCCGGUUUGGAUUGAGGCUCUGUUGAGUGAAAUAGUUUGUAAGUGAUUUGGCUCCUUCUCAGCGUUUUUUCCACAAGUAGAUUUUUCCGGUUAGGAUGUACAUAAGCACAAUCAUAUA